UAGCGGAUCAUAUCGAAUGGGGCCCCAGGUUUCUUUAGGUUGCUUGUCGCACCAGCGGAAGUUAAACUCUCAUGUGGUUAUUUCUGGGCAGUUUGGCCAGGAGUGGGUGUGGCGCUGCAAGCCGAGGAACACUGAAGUGCAUCUGUAUCUACUGCCUUUUGGUCAACUGUCACUUUGUGUUUGAGGUUGAAAGUCUAACCAUGCUCCCUACUGCUUCCUCACCUGGUGCUAAUUUUGAUGCACCCAUGCAAUUAGACUUGUUUUCCUUGGAACUUUGUAAGGGCUGGCCCUCUCGGGGUUGUAUACCUCUACCUCCAGACAGCCUCACCUCUCCAACUGCUCUGGUGGUCAGUGGGACUGUUGGUUUGAGGGAGGGACCAUCCCGGAGAACUGUAUGGGAGCAGCAACACUGGGGACCUAGAGAGACCCAGGUCUGUGGUUUUGGGUAGUUCAAGUCCUUUAACCUCAGAUUUCUUACUUGCAAAUGAGGCACCUUGUUUGCCGAGUCUGGGGGUGCUUGAAAUGCCUUGGGGUCUAUGGUGGAGUUUUGAGGAUUAGUCGGGGCCCAGGGACCUCAGUCCUGGUAAUAGUGAAGUAAGGGAGAUGAGGAUCUGGCCGGAGUUUUGCAGCCCCAGUCUGCCUGGAACUGGUUUAAGAAAAAAACAAACAAACAAACAAACAAACAAACAAACAAACAACCGGGAAGGGAUGUGGAUGAGGGGGUCCAAGGUCUAACCACCUAACUUAAGACGAUUCAUUAGAUAACUGCUCAAGGACUUUCAAUAUUGACCUGGGAGAAGCUCUUGGGUGGAAGUGAGAAUUACUUCAUUGUAAACCUUGAGGCCUCAAAGGGGAAGUGACUUGCUGGAUGCCUUACACAGGUGGUUUUGUUUGUUUCAACACGCUCAGUAUGCAGACUUUGUCUCUGGCAGAGAUAACCAUCUCUUAGAGAAGGCUGAACUGCUAGCCAAGUUCUCAGAAAAGCUGAAGUCAGAACCAAAGGAUGUCAUCUCCACCCCACAUCAGGACUCGAGCCUCCCUGAAGGUGAAGUGGCAGCAGGAGAAGAAGGGUCUGCAGCUGGUCUGUGGUGAGAUGGCCUACCAGGUGGUGAGGAAGAGCGCAGCCCUAAACACCCUGCAGUCACAGCUAGAGGAGCGUCAGGGCAGGCUGGAAGCCCUGCAGGCCUGCGUAGUGCAGCUACAGGAGGCGCGGGCUCAGCAGUCCCGGCGGCUGGAGGAACGGCAAGCGGAGAACUCUGCGCAGAGAGAAGCCUAUGAGACUCUGCGCGAGCAAGCUGCGCACCAGGAAGCGGCACUGCGCAGGCUCCAGGAAGAGGCACGCGACUUGCUGGAGCAACUUGUGCAGCGUAAGGCGCGCGCCGCCGCCGAGCGCAAUCUACGUAACGAGCGUAGAGAGAGGGCCAAUCAGGCUCGGGUGUCCCAGGAGCUGAAGAAAGCGGCCAAGCGGACCGUGAGCAUCAGCGAGAUCCCAAACACUCUAGAAGAUGGGACCAAAGAGGAGACUGUGGCUCUAGGUCCUGCCUCGAAGCCCGAGUUCCUGGAGAAUGACAGUUGCGAAAAAUGGAAGAGGCCUUAUAGGUCUGCCUCAGCCACCUCUCUGACACUGUCCCGCUGUGUGGAUGUGGUGAAGGGGCUGCUGGACUUCAAGAAAAGAAGAGGUCACUCGGUUGGGGGUGUCUCUGAGCAGCGGUACCAGAGCAUCCCUGUGUGUGUGUCUGCCCAAAUUCCUUCCCAGGCUCAAGAUGUCUUGGAUGCCCAUCUCUCUGAGGUCAAUGCUGUUUGUUUUGGCCCCAAUAGCAGCCUCCUGGCAACUGGAGGGGCAGACCGGCUUAUCCACCUCUGGAAUGUUGUAGGCGGUCGCCUGGAGGCCAACCAAACCCUGGAAGGAGCUGGUGGCAGCAUCACCAGUGUGGAUUUUGACCCCUCGGGCUCCCAGGUUUUGGCGGCUACUUACAACCAGGCUGCCCAGCUCUGGAAAGUGGGAGAGACACAAUCCAAGGAAACAUUGUCUGGACACAAGGACAAAGUGACAGCUGCCAAAUUCAAGCUAACAAGGCACCAGGCAGUGACCGGGAGCCGAGACCGGACAGUGAAGGAGUGGGACCUGGGCCGUGCCUACUGUUCCAGGACCAUCAAUGUACUUUCCUACUGCAAUGACGUGGUAUGCGGGGACCACAUCAUCAUCAGUGGCCACAAUGACCAGAAGAUCCGGUUUUGGGACAGCAGGGGCCCUCACUGCACCCAGGUCAUCCCUGUACAGGGCCGGGUUACCUCCCUGAACCUUAGCCAUGACCAGCUGCAUCUGCUUAGCUGUUCCCGAGACAAUACGCUGAAGGUUAUCGACCUACGAAUCAGCAAUAUCCGACAGGUGUUCAGGGCGGAUGGCUUCAAGUGCAGUUCUGAUUGGACCAAAGCUGUGUUUAGCCCCGACAGAAGCUAUGCACUGGUGGGCUCCUCAAAUGGCACCCUGUACAUCUGGGACGUGAACACUGGGAAACUGGAGACCAGCCUACAGGGACCGCACUGCACUGCUGUCAAUGCCGUGGCUUGGUGCUUCUCCGGGAACCAUGUUGUGAGUGUGGACCAAGGCAGGAAGGUGGUGCUCUGGCACUAGUGGCACAAGUUCCCUAUAUGGUUUGGACUCUGUUCUGAAGCCAGAAGCCAGAGAGCGUCUUCCCUGUGCUCAGGACUCCAGAGCUGGGGUUGGGGUCUACUGUAGAAUUCACGUGAGGGCCAGGCAGGACCUGGCCUGUUUGUUUAAAAUCAAAGUGUGGGUUAGGAACUACAGUUCUUUUAAAUCUGUUUACUCUCCUCAGUGUUAAAAACUGUAUGUAAGCCA